ACAGAGUGUUAAAAACAGAACAAACAGCAGGUUCAAAGCACCAGCAUGGUCUUUGUUUUUUUCAGUAAUGGGUGUCAAUUUUCUGCCAUCGCUGCUAGGCAACAGGACCAGCGCGACGUAAGAGAUAUAAAAACGCUGAGUGCGGCCUUCACGGCCUGAAAGGAUGCAGCUGCUGAGGUGGGUCAAAAGCUUUGUGCAGUUCAAGGACUCUGAUGGAUGGUGUUUUAUGUGCGGUAGACGGUUAGCUUGAAGAGCCUGUUUUGGUGGUAUGAGAGAAAUAUUUCAGUUGUCCGAGCAGCACUGCCUUUAAUUCAGUGUCCGAGCGAUUAACUGCUGAAAAAAUCUGCUCAGAGGCUAAAAACACGAUCGUACAGUAUGAAGAGGAGAUCAGCCUUUAACGCGGACUGCCAGCUAUCAGCCGAAGACUCGGGAUAAAGUCACAGAUAACAGACCUCUAAUAGCAGCAUGAAGUGUAAGGAGGAGGAAGGUCUGGAUGACCAGCAGGUCUGGAUCCAGCAGGAAAACUCCAGUCUGGACCAGGAGGACCCAGAGGCCCCACGGAUAAAAGAGGAACAGGAAGAAAUCUCCACCAAUCAGGGAGAGGGAGAGCAGCUUAAACUGAAGGAGGAGGCCGAAAGUGAGGAUGAACAACUCAAACUCAGUGAUGAUAUGUGGAAACCUGAAAUAAACUUACACAGAACAGAUUUUCCAUAUCAACAUGUCUGUAAGGAUGAAGAGGAUUUCACAGACCAGCAGAUGGAUAACAAGGAGAAGAGCCACAUUAUGAACCAGGAGGAUCCAGGGACUCUGCAGAUUAAAGAAGAACACGAGGAACUCUACACCAGCAAGGAGGGAGAGCAGCUCGUAUUGAAGCAGGAGACUGAAACCUUUCUUGUAACUCUUGGUUAUGAUGGAGGUGACCACAGUGAUUCAGAGCCACACAGUGAUCAGCUCCUUUCUCACAGCUCUCCUGAACCAGAGAGUCAAGAUCAGGAAAAAAGUAAGCACAUCAACUCAGAAUCAACUCGAUAUGCGGAGCUGAAUAAGAAGACAUAUGACACGAAUAACAGUAACAGAGUGGAAAAUUCUCCAUUGUCAGAGACUCAGUGUAAAUCUGAAAUAAGUAAAAAGUCUGCAAAAUGUGAGAUUUGUGGAAAAUCCUUUCAUGAUAAAUCCAACCUAACGAGACAUCUGAGAUCACACACAGGUGAGAAACCUUAUUCUUGUACCACCUGCGGGAAAGGAUUCAGUAGGAAAUCAGGAUUGGAGACUCACGUAAGAAUCCACACAGAUGAGAAGCCAUAUUGUUGUAACACUUGUGGAAAAAGAUGUAGUCAGAUGAUACAUUUGAAAAAUCACAUUAGAAUCCACACAGGUGAGAAACCAUAUUCUUGUAAUACCUGCGGAAAAAGUUUCAGUCAGCUAAUUAACCUUAAAACUCACAUGAGAAUUCACACAGGUGAGAAGCCAUAUUCUUGUACCAUCUGUGGAAAAGAGUUUUGUGCUUUGUCAGCAUUCAACAGACAUAUGCGAAUUCACACAGAUGAUAAGCCACAUUGUUGUAGCACCUGUGGGAAAAGAUUUAGAGACCAAUCGACAUUCAAAAAACACAUGACAAUUCAUACAGGUGAGAAGCCUUAUUCUUGCAUCACCUGUGGAAAAAGAUUUGGUCAUAAACCAACAAUGGAAAGACAUCAGAGAAGUCACACAGGUGAGAAACUACAUUCUUGUAGUACCUGUGGAAAAGGAUUCAGUCAGAUGAUAAACUUGAAAAUUCAUAUGAGAAUUCACACAGGUGAGAAGCCACAUUGUUGUAGCACCUGUGGGAAAAGAUUCAUUCAGAUGAUACACUUGAAAAGACACAUGAGAUUUCACACAAGUUGAAAAUUUCACAUAAAAUCUGGAAUAGCUGUUAGUUGUAAAAGUGGGUUUAUGACAGGGCCAAUACAGGCAAGCAGGCAAAUUACUCAAAAGGCUGAUUCUGUUCAUCUGGACGUAGUGUUUUCAGUGGAAGAAACCGUCUGUCACUCAUCACUACUCCUCAGAGAGUAAAAUGAGAAUUUUUAAAAAUGAGGAUGAGAGGAGAUAUUUAUCUCAUAUUUGGAAAGUUCUUCUGCAGUGGGAAUUAUUAUUAUUAUUAUUAUUAUUAUUAUUAUUAUUAUUAUUAAUAAUAAUAAUAAUAAUAAUAAUAAUAACAACAAUAACAAUAACAAUAAAAAUAAUGUGUCUGAAUAGCAUAUAUAAUAAGAUAUGAUAUAAAAUCCUGGAAAGGUAUAUGCCUGGACACGGGAGAGAAGAGUCUGCCUGUUAGUUGAAACCAGGAUUCUGAAGGAACGAUGCGGAUUUCUUCCUGAUCAUGGAAAAGUGGAUUGGCUCUUGAUUUUCUUGAAGAUGUUUAAAGAUGUGUGGAAGUUUACCAACCAGUCUUGUGGAGUUGAAGGAGACAUUUUCACAUUUUCCCUUGGAACCCUGUUUUGGAUGGAAAAGACUGAGAAUAUAUUUAAAAAAUAUAUCACCAUCCUGUCCACUACCCCACGUUUUUCCCAUCUAUUGUUAGAACAUUCCUUGAAAAAGUUGUAGUGUGUUAGUGCUUAAGUCUGUGAAUCUCUUGUGUGAAAUUAAAUAUCCUUAUGCAUUA